GCCAUAACCAUAACCAUAACCAUAACCAUAACCAUAACCACAACCACAACAAGAGCGAACGGUGAUAGACGCGGGAGGUUCUUGCCAGCCGCUUUCACGCACGUCUAUUCAUGAAGCGCCAUCAGGAUUUAUGCUAAACACCUUUGCCUCUGCAAGACUUCUUUUCUCCUCGUUCCUUUCUCACAAGUAACCUACAAUCCUCUCUGUAAUCCACACCUGCGACAGUUCCAAUAAUUCACGUGGUCCGAUAUUGUUGCCAUCUUCAUCAACCAGAUCAACGACAACUGUUUUUGAUGCUCUCAAUUCCCCCUAAGAAUCUUGCGGGCUUCAAGUCGCAUCCACAGUUCUCGUACUUUAAGGUUUAGUAGCGAUUUGCAUUGCAUUUGGAUGAAUUAUCAAUCGAUCAAUUAAUCCGUCCAUUUGGUCGUCUCCAUAGCUGAGUCAACAUGCCUCCACCGAAUACUCCAACAAAUGGAGCUGCUACACCUGUCUCACACAUUUCUCGACCAAACACUCCGCCCAACAAUAUCUUCAUUUUCGAAGGUUACGAUCCUGCUACAACUCACAUUGGCUUUGCUUACUAUCCGCCUCAAUCCGAAGUUACACAGCCGGUUCUUCACGUUCCAAAUAAUACCCCAGCUUCCAGUAUUCAUUCUUCGCCCGAAAACUCCUACCAUUCACGCUCUCGUCGUCCAACUUUACUCGACCGAGGAAUUAUGGAAGUCAUCGGAGAAGAAGAACGAGAUCGACGCGAUGAGGACACUCUCGAUUAUCGGGCCGUUGACUACGUAAAUCCUCCCGACCAAAACCUCAUCUGUCCAAUUUGUCGCGUUCCUUUGGUUGAUCCAGUCACCAUUUAUUGCGAUCAUACCUUCUGUAGAGAUUGUAUCACUCAAGCUUUGGCUGUUACGGAGAAAUGUCCCAUGGACCGUUACCCAAUUUCACGCAAUGAUCCACUUCGUCAAUCAAACAGAAUUAUCGUUCAACAAGUCAAUGAUUUGAUGAUUGUUUGCCCAAGUUGCAAAACUCAUCUCCAAAGAUCAAAACUUCGCAAUCAUCUCGCUAUUCAUUGUAAGGAAGUUGAAAUCGCAUGUUUGGAUCCUGAUUGCAAGCAACUCAUCAAGAGACUUCAUCAACCAAAUGGUUGUCUUCACUAUGAUUCUUUCUGUCCGUACUGUGACGAGACUUUGCUGCAGAAGGAUAUGGAAGAACAUUGCGAGUCGAAAUGCACUUUCCGUCGUGCCAAUUGCGGUCAAUGUGGUGAAAGGAUCUUACGUAUCAAGGAGUCGGAACAUAUCGAUCAAUGUUCAGAAGGCAUUGUAAAAUGUCAAUGGUCAGAGUUUGGCUGUGAUCAUGAGUGUAAGAGAAAAAACAUUGAUGAUCACAAAAGCAAGUGCGAGCUUAAGAGAUUGGGUCCAUGGGCGGCAAAAAUGCAAGCCGAUAAUAAAGUCAAGAGUGAAAAGAUUGAUCGGUUUGAGCGUAAGAUCAAACAUCUUGAGAAUUGUAUUAGUGACAAUGGAACUUUCGAUCGAGCCGACGCAACGGCCCCUUCUCUUGCAGGAUUAUCAAUGACGGACGAUUCCUACGAAACACCUAAUACUUAUCUUCUCUCGGUCGUUGAGUCACAACAGAGCAGGAUCAAUGCGCUUACUGCCAGUAUCGCCGAGAUGGAAGCUCGUCAAAGUGUUAUGCUUUUGAAUGAAACCAUUCCAUUGAAAGAUCAAAUCGUCGAACUUCGCAAUACGAUAAGCACACUCAAUAUGUAUGUUCGUUGGCUUUUGAAUGUUCGAAGAGGAGAAGGUCAGCGACGCAGCUUCGGUAAUGGUGCUGGUAGUAGUAGUGGAGGUGGUGCCAGUACUCCUGAUGAUAAUAAUGGUCGUGCAGGACCAAGUUCUGGUGGUGCUAGCAUUGGAAGACGUUUAAGCGAUAAUAAUAGGGAGGGAGGUACGAAACUUUGAGUUUAUGGUGAAGUACAUGGAAGAGUGGAUGGAUGGAUGGGUGGGAUAGCGCAUUUGGAGUAUGGAUGAGCAAUGAUUGAUGAGCAAAUGACACUACAUUACACGGAUGGGAUUGGGAUGGCUGAUGGGAUUUAUGGUUUUUGUAUUUUGAUUUCAUGCGAGAGAUAUCUGGAUGAAUGGAAGGCGUACUUACAAUUGAGUGUGGAUCUUUUUAAUAAUAGGAGUUUUUUGGAUUAUUGUAAUUUUAGGAGGGUGGGGAAGUGUGGGGGAGUGGAUGGACGGGGUUGAUGGGCGGGGUAGAAUUUGGAAGGGAAAUACGGCUGGGAAGGGAGAGGGGGAGGGGAAGUUGAAUGGAUCAGUCAUUGAUAGAAGAUGACAGAGUGAGGACUCUCAGGUGGAAUAGCCGAGUCUAUGUGAACUAUGUGAAGGUCGUGUCAUAGGAAGUCCUUAUCUGCUUGAGUAGGUAGUAUGUAUUCCAUAGGAUUAAUCGAUCUUAAUAUAUGGCA